GACGUACCGUCUCUUCCUCAUCUCUUCCAGGCUGGCUGCUUGUGUGUCGUGUGGUCUGGUUUCGAUUGAGGAAAAGAUGGCCACUGGUGCUUUCUCGACUGCUCCUAUCGUUAACACAUCCACAAGCAAUGAGGGGAUACUAAUCGGCGAUAGGGUGUAUUCGGAGGUUUAUCUCACAAUUGACAACUCGCUUAUACCUGAAGAAAGGCUCUCGCCCACACCGUCUAUGCUCGAUGGCCUCGACCUCCACUCCGAAACGGACCUACGCAUUCUAGGCUGCGAACUAAUCCAGUCUGCCGGCAUUCUUCUACGGUUGCCACAGGUGGCUAUGGCUACUGGGCAAGUCCUGUUUCAUCGAUUUUUCUACUCGAAGUCUUUCGUCAAACACAGCUUCGAGAUUGUUGCUAUGGCCUGCGUGAAUUUGGCCUCCAAGAUCGAGGAAGCGCCCCGACGAAUAAGGGAUGUGAUCAAUGUUUUCCAUCACUUGCGACAGUUACGAGGAAAAAGGAGCCCAAGUCCGUUGAUUCUUGAUCAGAACUACAUUAACACCAAAAACCAGGUUAUUAAAGCGGAGCGGCGUGUACUGAAGGAGCUGGGAUUCUGCGUUCACGUCAAGCAUCCGCACAAGAUUAUUGUCAUGUAUCUACAAGUCCUUGAAUGUGAAAACCAGACGCUGAUCCAGACAGCAUGGAAUUACAUGAACGACAGCCUGAGGACAAACGUGUUUGUGAGAUUUCAAGUGGAGACCAUCGCGUGUGCCUGCAUUUACCUUGCUGCUCGAGCUCUUCAAAUGCCCCUACCCUCAAGACCACACUGGUAUCUACUGUUUGGAGCCACUGAGGACGAGAUCAAGGAGAUCUGCAUCACCACCCUGCGGUUGUACGCCCGGAAGAAGCCAAAUUACGACUUCCUGGAGAAGGAGGUGGAGAAGAGGAAAAUGGCCCUGCAGGAGGCGAAGCUGAAGGCCAAAGGGCUGAACCCCGAUGGCACCCCUGCACUCUCCAACCCCGGCGGCUUUUCGCCCGGCUCCAAACCAUCAUCUCCAAGAGAGUCGAAGGUGGAUGAGAAAUCUCCCAACCCCCAGACGCAGAAGGUGGUGAAGAAGGAGCCGGAUGACCGGCCGCAGAGCUCCAAAAGCCCCCACAAUGGCCUCAGGAAAGAUAACAAGCUGACCCGGAACAGCAGGAGUGUGAGUCCAUCACGGUCAAGAACGAGAUCGCGGUCACGGUCCCGCUCCCCUCGCAGACAUUACAACAACCGGCGGAGCCGCUCUGGAACCUACAGUUCGCGCUCCCGCAGUCGAUCCCACAGCCGCAGCCCGUCGCCGCGGAGACACCAGAACCACGGGCCGUCGCCGCUGCUGCCGCACCUGAAACCCAAGCACCGGGCGGACGAGCUCAAGCUGCAGGGCCGCCACGCCCACAAGAGGAAGAAGUCCCGCAGCCGCUCGCGGUCCACCAGCAAGCCCAGGGACCGCGACCGCAGCUCCGACGCCGCCGCUGCCAAGAAGCACAAACACGAGCGCGCCGGCGGCGGCGGGCAUCACCGGGACCGGCGGGAACGGUCCCGCUCCUACGACCGCGCCCACAAGAGCAAGCACCACAGCAGCAGUCACUCCAGCCACGGCCGCCACCGGCGCUGAGACGCUGUCCAGAGCGCUGGCUUCAGACUCCCACCCCCCGUGUUUCUGUGCUCUACUUUCUCCUUUGUUUUUUUUUUUGUUUUUAAUUUGCAAACCCUCAGUUUAUGUAAAGCUAUGGACUUGAAACAACAUAUUUACAGUGUAAAAGAUGGCUUAUGCCAGUGUAUUACAAAGAACGCUUUGAUUUAUAAAAGCAACAUUUAUGGGGAAAAAAAAUAAUUCAGGAAAGAUCUAGAUUUUGCACAGUUCAAAGAAAGAUGAACACCUGGAUAUGUAUGUUUUACUUUUUUGGACAGAUGUAUACAAAAGUUGUGUGCUGUACAGAUAUAAGGAAAAAAGGGGUUUCUCUAGAUAUAGACCUUAUUUUUUUACAGCUGGCUGCAGACACUUAAUUUCAGACCUCUUUUGUUAGAAUCGUGGUGAAUUUGUUACACUGGUUUUUAGUCUGCACGUGUUCGUCUGAUUUUUACUCAAUAAAAGACUCGGUACAAACCA